CCUGCAGGCAGCAUCUCUACCCUUUCAGACAGCCAGUGUGGGGGAGAACGUUGCUACCGUGCUUCUGUGUGUGAGAGUGUGUGUGUAUAAUACUGUAUGUGGGCAUGACUGUGUGUGUGUGAGUUAGUGGUUUAAGCAGCCUCUUAGGAUGAGCGGCAGAGGGAGACAGACAGUGCUGUGAUUGAGAGUUGGCAACAUCGCCUCUCUUUGCCUGUCCUCAGCCCAUCCUGCCCUCCUCUCCUUUUCCUCUGGCUCUGAUCUACAACACCACUGGGAUGUCUUCUCCAGGAUCCAUGGACGGCAGCCAGAGGAAUAGCUCGGAGAAGGUGCCACCCCAGGUGAAGGACGCGGAGCCUGCCCAGGUGAAGUUAAAGGAGGUGGAUCCUCCCCAGGUGAAGCCAAAGGAGGUGGAGCCUGGCCAGUUUAAGAUGAAGGAGGCGGAGCCUGCCCCGGUGAAUCUGAAGGAGAGGCAGAAGUUCUUUGAAGAGGCAUUCCAGCAAGACAUGGAUCAGUACCUGUCCACCAGCUGCCUGCAAAUCACUGAGAGGAGAGGGCCAAUAGGCAGCUUUUCAUCCAUGGAGGUGAACAUAGACAUGCUGGAGCAGAUGGACCUGAUGGACAUGUCCGACCAUGAGAGCCUUGACGUCUUCCUCCACUCUGGGGGUGAGGACAACCGCGCUGCCUCGCCCAUGCUGGGUCCAGACGUGGAGUCGUUAACCACAGAGAUCACACUGCAGGUUCCCACCCAGGCUGAGCUAAGACACAAGCUGUCCUCCCUCUCCUCCACCUGCAAUGACAGCCAGAACACCGAGGCCAGGGAGGAUGAAGGGGGUAGGGUGGACCGCAGCCACUGUCCUGUUGGGGUACAAUCAUACGAGGCAGAGGUUCCCCUCAACACGUUCCUAGCAGGGAGGCCACCGCUCCAGCCACUGCCACUGCCCCCAACCAGAAACCAGACACUUAAACACUGAGGACAACAGCUCACAGGCCACAUAAGGACCAGGGUAGGAGCUAAGACACUGAGCGAACUGAAAUCCUGAGAGGAUGGGACCGAAGACAUUGAACGGACCAAAACCCUGCGACUAUGCACUGUAGGCAUGGAGGAAGAGAUGCAUCAUUUAUGUUUACUGUAUUUUCAUCC